AUGGAUCCAAAGAAAAAAGCCAACGCGGCAUUCCUUAUGGGAAGUUACGGUGUUUUAUAUUUGAGUUUACCGCCGAAAGAUGCAUUGGAACCUCUCCUGGUUCAUGGCCAAUGUUACAGCUUAGCUCGAGCCAGAGAUUUGGGUUUUUUCGAUUUUCAAGAUUUCAACUAUCAAGAAUAUGAAAGAUUGGAUAAAAUACAGGGCGGAGACCUUAACUGGAUUGUACCAGAUAAAUUUUUAGCUUUCAUUGGUCCAGUCGAUUACAAUCACGUGUCUUCGUUGUACCAUCCUCCCGAGAUAUACGUGGAUUACUUCAAAGAGAAUAAUGUCCAAAUAGUGAUGAGGCUGAAUAAAAAGCUUUAUGACAGUAAUGUGUUUAGGUCGCACUGGUUCACUAAUUGGCUGUUAUUUGAUAAAGCAUUAUCGUAUGACAGCACACGAGGCCAUAGCCUGGAUGAGAAUCUGCCGCCCUGGUUCUGUCAUAGGUCAUCAGCAGGAACUUAUUUGUUUUUUUUGAAUUGUCAACCUUGCUGUAGGAGACGUAUGUUUCAAGAUAUGAACAGGCUACCUGUACACGAUUAUGGAAUAUAUUCUAUGGUUGAGAAGGCUAAUAGACAACGACCUCUAGUUUUGAGUAAAUCCCCCUCGCCACCGCCGCCCUUUCAGAGACAAAAUAGAAACGACGUUUCUACUUCCUCUAGGCCGCAAGCGUCAAAAACAAGAGAAGCUCCUGGUAAAACGGCCGAAACUGAGACGUCCAAUUGGAAUGAGCAGUUAAACAUUGUCAAAAACGUUCCAAUUACAAAAAGGGCAUCGAGAGAAAUGAGUGAAUCGAGAUCUCGUCGCAGCGGUGGCGCCGGUGAACCUCGAACGAUGAGAUCGUCCAGAAAUAACACACCAAGUGUAAAAGCUUCAACUAAUGUAAUAACUGAGGAUAAUUCAGUUAAGAAUCUGGGUUGGUGUUGCCCGUUUCGACCGAGCAGUCCUGUCCCGAUAGAAACGCUAAGUGACGCUAGGAAACUUUUGAUGCGAAGUACUCUAUAUAACAACGAAACAAGAGAGAAAAAGUUAGAUUCAGCCAUAACCGUUAAACCGCAAAAUUCAAACAAGCCUUCUACAAUUCAAAGGCCAAUUCCCGGCACUGUCACUAAAAUUCUACCUACAAAUUUAAGCCAAAUUAGUAGGGGUGCAACACAACCGUCUAAUCGCCGUCGUCUGGGUCGUAGCCCUAGUCCACCACAAAUGAGAAUAGAACAUAGCCGCGCUACAAAUACACCACCGACUGAAAGCUUUUCAACUCGUGAUUCUAAGGUUGCUUUAACUGAAGCGUUAUCGAGACUUAAAUUAACAAGGGCUCUAAGGCCUGUUAAAGCUUUCAAUAUAGAGAACCGAGCUCAUAAGAUAAUUUCGAAGGAAAAACCGAAAGCGGCACCAGCAUAUCCUUCAACGUUCGAAGAAUUAAAGAGAGUUAAAGAAGCUGACCCCGAAAUUGACAGCAAACUUGAUACAAAGGAUCCGGGACUUGAUGAUAGGUUAAGGAAUGUUUAUGUAACUUCACACGGCCGCCCCGAAGACGAUAUUACUAGGGAAAAGAGAAAACAAAGUGAGGAUCGUCCACUUCCUAGCUUUCGUGGUCAAGUACCAGACUUUGACUUUGGUUUGAAGGAACCUGAGAAGAUUCCAUACGGAAGGACCACAUUACGGCAAGCUAUAGACUAUAUAUCGUCACAUCAGAUUAACCCUACCGAGGUGACAGCCGCUAAAAUAGCUUACGAAUACAACUUAAAAGAAGACGACGUAGUUAAUAUAUUAAAGUAUUUCAAAACAUUUGAAGUUUAUUUACCAGCUACAAAAAAGACGCCAGCCAUGUUUGCGGGUCCAACACAGUUAAGACAGAAACUUUAUAAGAAUAAGCUGCCGGAAAUAGAGGAUAAGAAAGUUGAAGAAAAUAAAGAAAAAGUCAAAAAUGUCUGA